AUGCACAGCACGCUGCUCCCGUCGUCCCCGAAGAAACACACCUUCGUGCCCGAGCACCAUGGUCCGCUGCAGGCGCUUUCACUGAGAGACAUGGAGGCGAAGCAGCACCAGAUCAAGAGCCUGAAGAGCUACCCGGAGACCGGCGGCCGGAGCCUGGCUGCAGCCGCCGCCGCUGGGGGGGGAGCCGGCUCGGCCGAGAUGGAGAUGGAGGCGAAGAUCCAGAAAGCCAUCGACUUCAAGGCGGAGGGUCACCGCUGCUACAAGGAGAAGAAAUUCCGGGAGGCGAUCGGCAAGUACCACCGGGCGCUGCUGCAGCUGAAGGGGGUGCACGUCGCGGACGGGACGACGGGCUCCGAGGUCAACCUGCUGAGCCAGGCCACCUCCAAGAUGACCGAGGAGCAGCGGAGGUCCGUGGAGACCACCGAGAUCGAGUGCUACGACAGCCUGACAGCGUGUCUGUUGCAGUCCGAGCUGGUGAACUACGAGAGAGUGAAGGAGUACUGUCUGAAGGUGCUGAGCCACCAGAGAGACCACUUCAAGGCCAUGUACCGAGCCGGCAUCGCCUUCUAUCACCUGGGCGACUACGAAUGUGCCCUCCGUUACCUGCGUGACGCCAAGAACCGCGAACCAUCAGACACCAACGUGCUCCGGUACAUCCAGCUGACAGAGAUGAAGAUGAUCAAGAGCGGACAGCGGGAUCGAGAGAUGGGCAAAGAGACCCUUGGCUAA